AUGUCUUCCAGUGACUCAACUCCCGAUGACGAAGAGACCAUCCAAAGGUGGACAGACGACAACGAAAUCCUUCGGGAGAGCAUAGACAUGCAGCUCACUUGUCUCAAUCGAGACAAAGAGAAGACAGAUCUAGAUGUUCAAACCUUAACCUGGGACAAUAUGCUGCGUCACGUGGAAAAGCUCGUUGAUCAGAACAGGCUGCAUGCCGAGUCAAAAGGGAAGAUCGAGGAGCCCCAGCGUGUGCUAGAAUCAGUCGACAAUAACAACUCAAUCGUCCAAAGAAUUAAGGAACUCGAGGAUACUCUCAAGGAAGAGGAAUAG